CUCGACACCGCAUUCUCGAUCCCACUGUACCACCUUCGCACUCCAAUCUCGCCUCUCUACCUGGCCCACCGGCUUCUGCUGUUCGCCCGUUCAAUUUCUCCCAUCCCUCUGAAGAAAAGAGUCGCACCUGUCUGCGCAUCAUCAUCCAUUGUCCUUGGUCGCUGCUGCAUCUACAUUCAGUACAUCCAUCCUGCAUCUAGCCAGCAUUCGCAUUCCCUCUCGUCACUUUUUCUCAGGAAACUCCUUCUUUUCUCCGCCAUGGCUCCCCCUUCAUUCGCCGCUGCGGCAUCAUCCUCUUCCUCGCGUGCAGAUUCUGGCGCCGACUGGUCUCGACGCGCCAACGGUGCGACGCAAACAUUUCGGCGACCCUCACACGCCACCAACCCUCCUUCCGCUUCGACCUCCCAGCCCGCUGCUCGCGACCCCACUGGCGCGCAAAAUGUCCCGAACACAACCCCUUCCGUGUAUGUCCCACCUCACGUCCAACGGAAUGGCAGUGUCGCCGAGGGUCGCUAUUCUAGAGAUCAAAUGUUGCAUCUCUUCCGCGCACAACGGGCCUCGGACGACAUCAACCACGGCCUGUCAGAUCUCUACGUGGGGAACUGGGAGCCUAACGUCCCCAACGGUACCUCUGGUGCCAGUUGGGGCCGCAAGGACGACCAUGGCAGAGACGGUGCAAGCGGGGUCGAUCUCUGUUGGGACAAAGACGGUAGCAUUGUACCCCUUAGCCUCACUGACAUGGGCGAUGAAGAGAGAGAGCUUUUUACCUCGUCUGUCAACUCGCCUCUGAAACCACCCACGCAGAAUACCAAUAAAGACGGAACUCCGAAAGAAGGAUCUGUCCUACGAAAGGCAUCUGUCUCUGGAGCUGGCGCCUAUGGUCUUUCCUCUCCCACGACUGCUCGUCCAGGCAACCGUCGCCGUGACACUUCCGAAGCGUUUCCGUUCCCCGCCAACACUCACUCGCUUGCGUCGCCAUCUGCCUCCCGGUUCUCUCGCGAUGAGAUAAGCGCCGUCACCCCGCCCCCAUCGUUGAUACGCCGUCGCACCGAUUAUAAGGACGGAGGUGCCCCCGAAGAGCGGGACAAAGAAAAGGCGGUUGUCGACAAUGCGAAUCCCUUCGGCUCCUUGAAACGGACCACAACUGCACCGUUUGGAACCAGUGGUACUACCUCGCCAUGGUCCGCAACGCCUGGAGGAGGGUUCUCACCCAUGGGCGCAUUUGGAAGCUUUGCACACCCGCAGGCGGAAAAGAAGUCGGGCAUGGGGAGCGUGCGUGGUGAAAGCAGGUUUAAAGGUCUCAUGAGUAAAACAAGCAUGGAAGAUGUCGGUAAAGGGGGGCAGGAAAGUCAAGUAUUGGGGAACCUGGGAGCUGUCUCUGAAGCGGAGCCUACCCAAAGCUCCUCGUGGGCAGAGGCGCGCUCCAAUCGCCCGACUAGCAAUGACACGGAUCCGUAUCCCGACGAUGAUUUGAGAACCGGAAGUGCAGCUCUUGGGGGUGGACAGGAUCUCAGUCCGCCUAGAGCCCAGGGUUUAUCAUCGUUUACGACACCCCACCGACAAGAUCCUAGGGAUGAAUCUGUAUUCUCGGCUUUCGGCAUGACAGAAAACAACCCGGGCAUUCGUGAUAUAUUCCAUGGCGCUCACCAGACCCCACAAUAUCGAGGAAAUGGCCCGCCUGAGCCGAUGAGUCCCACAGACACAAAUCCUUAUCAAAGCCCGGAUCACGGCGCACUUCACCGCGACAAUCGCGACACGGAAGAGCCUGAUAACCAGAACCAGCAGUUUCCCGGCAUGGGAAGCUUUCAGUUGGACCCCAAUGCAGGUUCUGGAUUGCAUAAUCACGCCUUUGGAGGCCUGGGGUCCUUGGGUCGAAACCCCGGUGCCUUUGAACAUGCGGCAGGCGAUAGGAGCCAGACCUCGAGUGUAGGCCCUUCGCGUGGAUUCCCCAGCAUUCCUGGUCUCGGGGGGAUACCCGGACUCGGCGGCGCAGGUACCUGGGCUACUGGCCAACAAUCGAUAGGCGGCACACCUGUACGAGAGCGUGGCGGCCUGGACAACUUGUUUGGCACGGUCGGAGAGGCACAAUCUCCCAGCUUGGCUGGCCUCGGAAGCAGCUCUUUGCUCGGUGGCAGUCAAGGUGGUACCAUCGGUAAAUCCAGUAGGUUGGGGUCGCUUUUCCCAGCAGCGUUGCAAGAGCAGAUGCGGUCCGAGCAACAACGGCCCGCAGAUGAAGCAUCCAGUCAAGGCGAUCGCCAACAGAGUCUCACCGGAACUUUUGGUCGCGGGGCGUUCGGCAGCCAGGCUCCUGGAAAUGCGAUUCCGCCGCGCGACACCGACAGCCCUUUCAGAUCGGGGCGCAAUCUGUUUGAAGACUUCUCGGGUGGACAUGCGGAGGAUACACACGCUCAACCGGCUAACCUCACGACUUCGUUGUCGAUGGCGGCACUCAAUCAGACUCGAACAGCUCAGCCAUCUGUGCAGACACCCGGCGUCAAUAGCCCAGCUGCAAGCCAGCCUCCACCACCCCAGCAGCGCACCAUGGUCAUGCCUGACAGAAUGCGCUGGAUCUACCGCGACCCAUCCGGUAACGUCCAAGGACCAUUCUCCGGCUUGGAAAUGCAUGACUGGUACAAAGCAGGGUUUUUCUCUCCUGAAUUGCUGGUGAAGAAGCAGGAAGAUGUUGACUACGAACCCUUGCUUCAGCUCAUUCGAAAGAUCGGAAAUUCGCGUGAGCCGUUCCUCGUUCCCCAGAUCGGUAUCCCCCACGGUCCUGCCAGUACAGUGCCAGGUAAUGCUUGGGCUGGAAGUGCUACGGCUGGUCCAACUGGCGGCGCACAACCUCCAUUUGCCAAUGCGUUCCCCAGCUUUGGUACUACCUUGACAGCUGAGCAGCAGAAUGCCCUCGAGCGUAGGAAGCAAGAGGAGCAGUAUCUCAUGGCUCGUCAAAAGGAACACCUUGCGCAACAGCAGGCCAUCGCGAAACAAACCCAGAUAGGCAUUGGGCCUCACGGCAUACUGCCACACCAGCUUCAGCACCACUCCAGUGCACACAGCUUGCACAGUCAACCCAGCUUUGGCAGCAUCACCUCCCCCAGCGGAUAUCAACCCUCUCCAACGCAGGCACCGCUUACAGGCGCACCUGCUGUGCCAGGCUUGAUUGACAAUGCUUUCAGAGGGGCUGCGCCCGUACCUGGAUUGGGAUCAGUCGGUUCUAACAUGGACAUGCUUGGUCACAUCCGCGAAGAAGAUAUCUCAGGAAUGGUAGAUCGCCUGAAUAUCAACCGAUCCGGCCAGCAGCCUUUUGUUGGCAACCAACAGAGCUUCGGUCAACAACCGUCUGAAUCUAAUGCUUCAACUCAGCAAGUGGUCGCCAUGCUGAACGAUCGUGCCCGUCUUCAACGCGAGCAAGCUGAACAUGACGCUCUGAGCCGUCUUGGACAGAAUGACCAGCAGGCGGCGCAAGCAUCAAUGGACCGCCUGCAGCAGUUCCAUGACCUUCGGGUGCAAACUGACCUUGAUCAGCCGGCCUCUGCAUCCGCACGUCCCGAGGGUGUGAUCGCAAAGCCUGCGACUUCCACUGGAGAUAAUGUCCAGCGUGGAUCCGAGCCUACAUCCGCAUCUGAGCAAGACGCAAUUGAGAGUUCGGAUGCUUCCAAAACCGAGUCGCUGUCUUUGACCGAACAGGUCCAGAAAGCGGCCUCUGCAAAGCAAACCGCACAAGUGCAAUCUGCAUGGAACAAGGUCGAACCAGCCAUCCACCCAUUCCCUCCACCUCCUUCGCAGUCUCCCCUUCCCGCUCCUGCGGCUCAACGGAAGCCUAUUGCUGCCGAUUCUCUUGCUGCAGAAUCCCGCUCUCAAACUCCAUCGGCAGAUACUCCCAGCGCGUCGAUUGCUCCAUGGGCAAAGGAGCCUGCCGAAGCACCCAAGGGACCUAGUCUCAAGCAGAUUCAAGAGCUAGAGGCUAAGAAGGCCGCUGAACGGGAAGCCAUUGCUGCUGCGGCUCGCCGUGAAGCAUUGGAACAAGAAUUGCUGGCGCAGUCCCAAGCUUCUACUGUUCAACCUGGACUGCCUUCCAGCUCUACUUGGGCAAGCGGCGCCUCGCCAAUCACCCCGGCUACUUCAAACUCUUCCGUAUGGGGAGCUAAGCCUCUUGUCGGAAAACCCACGAGCCAACCUGGAGCGAAUGCUAAGAAGACGCUCCAGCAGAUUCAGAAGGAAGAAGAGGCCCGGAAACAGCGUGCUGCUGCCCAGGCUGCUGCUGCUAUAGCAAGCAGUUUCGGUAGUACACCUCAGCCCGUUGCCUCGGGGAAGCGAUAUGCGGAUCUAGCCAGCAAGAAUACCCCCCCUCAGCCUGCUGCUGCGGGUGGAGCUUGGACUACAGUUGGAGCCAGUGGUAAAAUGAAAGGACCGAUUCCCGCCCCUGCACCACCAGCUGCCAUCCGAACGGCCAGCAGCAGUAUCGUUCCUGCUGUUGCCAAGAAGGUCUCGAUGACCAGGACUGCUUCAACCGCCGGCGGACCCGCGAUUGGGCAAGCAAACGCACAAGAAGAGUUCAAGAAGUGGGCCAUAAACGAGCUCCGCAGCGAUUUGAAUCGAAGCAUCAAUGCCGACGACUUCGUUGCCUCUCUUCUCACUUUCCCUGCAGAAAUGGACCUCAUCACUGAAUCCGUCCACUCUGCUACCCACAACAUUGAUAGCCGUCAUUUUGCCGAGGAGUUCCUUCGCCGCCGAAAGCUAGCCGACAAGGGCAUCAUCGACGAGCGCAGCACAUCAUCCCCGGCUGAGAACAAGGCGGGUGGGGGUUGGAGUGAGGUUGCGAAGAAGAGCGGACAGGUCGCCCAACAGCAACAGCAGACUAGUCUCGACAAUGGUAACUUCAAGGUCGUCGCUGCAAAGAAGAAGAGUGGUAAACGCUAA